AUGCCGGGACCGGCCGUGGAGGCAGCGGCCAAGGGCGGCGGUCACCACGACCACCACGACGGUGGUCACCACGACCACCACGACGGCGGUCACCACCACGAGGGCCACGGCUGCGGCGGGAAGGCGGCCGGCAAGUGGGAGAAGACGUACCUGGAUGUCCUGGGCAUCUGCUGCACCGCCGAGGUGGCGCUCGUCGAGCGUCUCCUGUCGCCCAUCCACGGCGUGAGGGCGGUCACCGUCGUCGUCCCGUCCCGGACCGUCAUCGUCGACCACGACACCGCCGCCGUCUCCCAGUUCCACAUUGUGAAGGUUCUGAACAAGGCGGGUCUCGAGGCCUCCGUUCGAGCCUACGGCAGCAGCGCCGGCGCAGCCAGCCGUUGGCCCAGCCCGUUCAUCAUCGCCUGCGGCGUCCUUCUCGCCGCGUCGCUGUUCGCGCCGCUGCUCCCUCCGCUGCGGUGGCUGGCGGUGGCUGCCGCCUGCGUGGGGUCCCAGCCCAUGCUGCUGCGGGCGUUCGCCGCGGCGGGCAAGCUGACCCUGGAUAUCAACAUCCUGAUGCUCAUCGCGGUGGCGGGCGCCGUGGCGCUCGGGAGCUACACGGAGGCAGGCGCCAUCGUGUUCCUCUUCACCGUCGCCGAGUGGCUGGAGACGCUGGCGUGCACCAAGGCCAGCGCCGGGAUGAUGUCCCUCAUGUCCACGGUGCCCAAGACCGUCGUGCUCGCCGAGACGGGGCAGGUCGUCGGCAUGGGCGACGUCGCGGUCGGCACGGUCGUCGCGGUCCGGGCCGGCGACGUCGUCCCCGUGGACGGCGUGGUCGUCGACGGGCAUAGCGAGGUCGACGAGAGCAGCCUCACCGGCGAGUCCUUCCCCGUGCCCAAGCAGCCGCAGUCCGAGGUCUGGGCCGGCACCAUCAACCUAGAUGGUUACAUCUCCGUGAGGACGACGGCGCUGGCGGAGAACUCGACGGUGGCGAAGAUGGAGAGGCUGGUGGAGGAGGCGCAGAACAGCCGGUCGAGGACGCAGCGGCUCAUCGACUCGUGCGCCAAGCACUACACCCCUGCCGUGGUGGUCCUCGCGGCAGCGGUGGUCGUCGUGCCGGCGCUGCUGGGAGCCCGCGACCUGGAGCACUGGUUCCGGCUGUCCCUGGUGCUGCUGGUGAGCGCGUGCCCGUGCGCGCUGGUGCUGUCCACGCCCGUCGCCACCUUCUGCGCGCUCCUGCGGGCGGCGCAGAUGGGGCUCCUCAUCAAGGGCGGCAACGUGCUUGAGUCGCUGGGCGAGAUCAGGGUCGCCGCUUUCGACAAGACCGGGACCAUCACCAGAGGAGAGUUCAGCAUCAAGGAGUUCCAAGUGGUUGGGGACAAGGUUGAAAUGAGCCAGCUGCUCUACUGGGUAUCUAGCAUUGAGAGCAAAUCAAGCCAUCCAAUGGCUGCUGCACUUGUGGAUUAUGCUCAGUCCAAAUCUAUACAGCCGAAGCCGGAGGACGUCACUGAAACCUCUAUCUAUCAUGGCGAGGGCAUCUAUGGGGAGAUCAAUGGGAGACAAAUCUACAUCGGAAACGAAAGGAUCAUGGCAAGAUCCUCCUGCCAUCAACAUGCUGCCCACCACCACCAAGAAGGAGAUGGUCUGACGAAAGGUGUGUCCAUCGGUCUCGUGAUCUGCGACGGCGACCUCGUGGGGAAGUUCUCGCUCUCCGACACCUGCAGAACCGGGGCGGCCGAGGCGAUCCUGCAGCUGAGAUCAAUGGGGAUCAAGUCAGUGAUGCUCACUGGGGACAGCGCCGGAGCGGCGAAGCACGCGCAGGAGCAGCUCGGAGGCGUCCUGGAGGAGCUCCACGCGGGGCUCCUCCCGGAGGACAAGGUCCGGCUCAUCCGAGAGCUGCAGACGAGGCACGGGGCGACGCUGAUGGUGGGCGACGGCAUGAACGACGCGCCGGCGCUGGCCGCGGCGGACGUGGGCAUCUCCAUGGGCCUGUCCGGGUCGGCCGCGGCCAUCGAGACGAGCCACGCCACGCUCAUGUCCGGCGACAUCCUCAGGGUGCCGAAGGCUGUGAGGCUCGGGCGGCGCACAAGGCGGAUCAUUGCCGUGAACGUGGCCUCCUCCAUCGGCGCCAAGGCCGCCGUCCUGGCGCUCGCCGUCGCGUGGCGGCCCGUGCUGUGGGUGGCCGUGCUCGCCGACGUCGGCACCUGCCUGCUCGUCGUGCUCCACAGCAUGCUGUUGCUGAGGGACGCCGGCCGCGCGCGCCGGAGGUGCGGCGGCGGGGGCGCACAAGGCGCCCAAGGCGUGCUGCGGGACGGCGGCGCACAAGUCGCCCAAGGCGUGCUGCUCGACGCCAACCAAGUCUCCCAAGGCGUGCUGCGCGACGCCGACCAAGUCUCCCAAGGCGUGCUGCGGGACGAUGAAGCCGGUGGCGACGAGGCCGCAGCAGGCCGCUGGAGGCGAUCACAAGCACGGCAAAGACGGCCACGGUUGCUGCCACAAUCAGAGCGCGCUGCCCGAGGACGCCGUGGUGAUCGCCAUACCGGGACCGGGGCGGGCCGUGGAGCACCGGAAGGACGCGGCCGGUCACGAGAAGGCAGACGGCCACGCCGCCGCCGGGGGAUGCUGCGGCGGCCACGGUGCUUCCCCGCCGCCGCGCGGCGCCCCUGCUGGGCGGGUGCUGCGCGGCAGCGCACGGCGAAGACGAGGUGUGCAUCGUCAUCAGCGCGAGGUCACCCUGCUGCAGCACGGCGAGGAGUCGGUCUGGUUCUCCCAAGGACGCCAUUUGCUGCCACGGCUCCGGUGGUAAAGACGGCGGCGGCGCCAUCUCAGCCCUCGUGUGCUGACUGCUGA